AAAGGCCUUACUGUGUGGACAACAAAGCCAAUGGGUUUUGCAAGUAUUCUUAGGGCUUUGCUCAUGUUUUCAGCUACUAUUGCUGCAAUUUUCGUCUUUCACUAUGCUUCAUAUGAUGAUUUUGGCCAAAUUUUACCCAAUUUAGGCCGGUUUUACUCUUCUUCGGGUCAAAAUUCAUCAAGAGAGUCUAACAUUGAGACAGUGAUGAAAGAUGAAUUAUACGAGCUAAGGAAGGUUCUAGAAGCGAUUUCAACAAAGGAGAAAACAGUGAUAUUGACAACAUUAAACGAGGCAUGGGCAGCACCAAACUCCAUAUUUGAUAUUUUCUUAGAGAGUUUCAAAAUUGGAAACAAUACUUAUUGGCUUCUAAACCAUUUAUUGGUUAUAGCAAUCGACGACAAAGCCUAUGUUUACUGCCAGAAAAUGGUUUCUAAUUGUUAUUUUCUUAAGACAAAUGAAUCAUCUACAAUGAGUAAUGAAGCCAAGUUCAUGACUCCUAUUUAUUUGGAGAUGAUGUGGAAAAGACUUGAUUUCUUGCAAACCAUAUUAAGCUUGGGCUACAACUUUCUUUUCACGGAUACAGAUGUAAUGUGGUUUCGAGAUCCGCUACCCCAUUUCACACUCGAUUCAGACUUUCAAACUUCAUGUGAUCGAUUUAAUGGGAAGAAAUUCGACAUAAGAAAUUCACCAAACAAUGGAUUUCUUUUUGUAAGGUCUAACAAUCGAACGAUCAAGAUGUACAAAUUUUGGUUAUCAUCAAGACAUACAUAUCCUGGUCUACAUGAACAAGAUGUAUUCAAUAAAAUUAAAAAUGGUUCAUACAUAAGACAACUUGGAGUGAAAUUAAGGUUCUUAUCCACAGAUUAUUUUGGUGGAUUUUGUUCACCAAGUAGAGACUUUAAUAAAGUUUGUACAAUGCAUGCUAAUUGUUGUGUGGGGUUAGAUAGAAAAAUAGCAGAUUUAAAUACUACACUUGAGAAUUGGAAGCUGUAUUUGUCUUCAAAUAUUUCUACACCUCAAUCUUUUCAUUGGACUGUCCCAAAACACUGCCAUAUGUAA